CUAGAUCUUGGGCCUAUCGCACAAGGACUAGCCCAUCUCUGUAAGGCUGCCGUAAAUUCCGCCAGAAUUGAGCCCACUACUUUAAUUUUUAUUGGUAGCUGGCGUUUGGUUAAGCGCUGUCGGCGUUGCUCUACGUAUCGGAAUCCCCAACUUCUCCGCCACUUUGUCGCCGGAUCUACGAUCAGGCUCAAGUUACAGCCACUCCCAAAUUGUAGCAUCUCACUUGCCAAGGAGUGCGCCUUGUUGGAGAACCACACGUUAGGUGUUCAAGGAACACCCAUGUCAGGCACUGAUAUCGAGGAUGUGAAAGAGCAAGAUCUUAAUGAUGGUAUCCUCAAAGAUCAAGUUGACAGUGACCUACAUGCUGAAGACUCAAAGCAUUUGGAUGAAAAUGAGGAAAACCCCAUGCCCUCAACCCAGCAGGAGGAGGAGGUGAUCAAGAAAAAGUAUGGAGGAAUAUUACCAAAGAAGCCUCCAUUGAUAUCCAAGGAUCAUGAACGAGCCUUUUUUGAUUCAGCUGAUUGGGCAUUGGGAAAGCAAGGAGCAAAGCCCAAAGGACCACUUGAGGCACUCCGCCCAAAAUUGCAGCCCACACCUCACCAACAAGUUCGAUCAAGGCGCUCAGCUUAUGCUCCACCUGAUGAUGGUGAAGAUGCUGGCAAUGAUAACGAUCCAAGCUGUGAGGAUCAGAGCUGCGCAUUAGAGGGCAGCAAUGAGAAUGGCACAACUUCUGGGGACAAGAAGUGCAAUGAAUAGUCUGCGUGUGUGAGGACAUAUUAUCAUAUAAUCAACUGGAUGAGCACUUAAUGAUGGGGCCUGUAUUCUAUGCUCACAUGAAUAAGCUAAAUGUAGCAAAUUUUGUACCUGUUAUAACAACUAUUAACCAAUUAUAAAGCUGCUGAGAGAUGGGGCUUCUACAA